GACUCACAAAGACAAGAGCUCUCUAGACGCGGAAAACAUAGAGAAAAAAAAAAAACCCUCAAAAGCGCAAAACACGAAACAAGAAGAAAAGUAAAACAUUUUUAGUUCUCUCCUACGAAUUAAGCACAACAUGGUGUCUCAAAAGCUAGAGAUUUGCAUCGAAUUGGUGAAAAUUGCUGUUGUUUUCGUCGCCACCGUUGCUGAAUCAGUAGAGGAAGCUUUCCGUAAGCCUCCACCGUCGCUUCCAUCAGUUCACGGUGGUCGCCGGAAUAAUUACGCCGCCGUUCCCAUUCCUCUUGUUGGAUUCAUGUGAUGAGCUUUUUAAUUUCUUUUUUUUUUGGCUUCGUUAAAUUUAGUAGUUCUCGUGCCUUGUGGCGUUUUGUAUGUUGUUGAUUUGUGUAUAAAGCAUAACCAAAAGAUAAUGAAGAGUUUACAGAUGA